AUGGAAUGGGGUGUACAACAAGAGGGAGAGGUUACACAAACAGCUCAAACUGUCCCAGCUCAUUUCGCACUCAGCUUCAUGAAUAAAUACAAAGGAUUAACUGAAAGAUUUUUCACAGAACCAAAGCCACUGAGGUUAAGAGCACUCGAGCUGGCAAUUCAGUCCCUAAGAGAAACUUUUGAACUAAAGGAGAAAGAACUAGAAUAUCCUAUAAAAGAUUUGCACAAUCAGCAAGUUGAUGGACUCAGACUUACCAUAAAAAGUAAUGUAGAUGUGAUCAGACUGCAGAAACAGCUGUCCAAUGAAAGGACUGCUCAUUUGGUCAUUAAGGAUAAUUAUACAGUUUUAAAAGAGGCUUAUGAGGCCCAGCUGGAAGAGGCCCAGAGAUCACUGCAAGAGAACCAGGGGACCUUGCUGGGGAAGGUGGGGCAGUUAAUUGAGCAACUGAAACAAGAAAAGCAGAAGACGCUGUUGCUAGAAGGCGAGCUUUAUACUGCCACUAUCUCACUGCACAGCAUAGCAGAGCUUCAGGAGAGGGUCUCAGACAUUGAAGGGGAGAGGAAUCUUCUGAAGAAGGGCUAUAAUGCUUUACUACUUAGCACACUGAACCAUAAUGAACAUGAGAGUGAAAAAGAGAGUGAGAGAGAGGAAGUGAAGGAUUGCAGAGCUGGGAUGUCGGCACUGGAGAAGAAGCUGGAGGAUCAAAAAAGAGAGAGAGAAAAGGUAGAGCAAGAAAAAGAGAGGGUAGUGCAAGACUAUGAAAGGAGUCAAAUGGAAAGAGCACAAGAAAGGGCCAUGACCACUUCCCUGAAAGAAAAUCAUGACCUGCUGAAGCAAGAAGUGCAACAGUACAGACAGAGGGUUACAUCUCUACAAGAAAAACUAAACCGAGUAUCAAAAGCUUUUCGACUGCAUCACGAGAGCUGUGAAAGCCUUAUGGGCCUAGUGAACAAUGAGAAGGACAAGGACUCAUCACAAGAGCUGGCUGCUCUGCAGGCCUCUCAUGCUGAAACCAUACUAGAGCUGCAGAAAACUCGGGAAUUGUUGGUGAUGCAACAUAGGCUUAAUAGUGACCUGCAGGCAGACAUGAAGGCAGAGAAGGAGAAAGCAGAAAGGGAAAGAGAAUGGAAAAGAUGUGAAGUUACUGAAAAAGACAAACUGUUAAAAAAUAGGGAUCUUCAAAUCAACAGUUUAAAAGCUCAGCUAAAAGACUUAACUUACUGUCGCAGAAACUACAACCAAAAUAUACCACAGCAAUACCCAAGAACAGUUGUGGAUCAGGAGUUAGUCCGGAUGACAAAUGGUAAGACCAUAUUAAAUCAGCUCCAGGAUGGAAGUUUGCUUGAACUCAACCUCGUUGGAGCCACGUUUACCCCUGUGGGAUUAAGACUUUUAAGACAGCAGACAGGUGUCAAUACCAGUGGUCCUCAUGAAUUGGUAACAUUUUGUACCUACACACUCCUGGACUUUGAAAUGCAAUCAACCCCACUGGUUUCAGGUACACAGCCAAAAUAUGGCUUCACAUUCUGCCAUGUACUCACCCACCAAAGAUUCACCGAGCUUGUGGGUCAAGGGGUGUGUGCACAUGUUGAAGUACAUCAGGCAUUAGGAGGAGUGCAAUUCAAAACCCAUGGAAGUGCGAGAAUCCCUCUAAUACAAACACUAAGGCACAAAGAAGAAAAAGUAAAUGGGAGAGUCAACAUUACAGGCUCGAAAGGGGAAAUAAUAGGGGUCCUGGAAUUCUGCAUCCGUCUGUUCUCUGAAGUGAAUCCAAAAAAUAUUCGCACAGAUAGAAUCACAGAUGAAAUGAUGACCAGCAUGACUGAACAAUUGCCCGCAGACAGAGCCACAUACUGGAGCCACACACAGCUUGAGCCAAAACCUUCCAGUCUACAUGCAAGAUUACAACAACCCCAGUUUAUUGCAACUGAAUCGCCUCCAAAAGAACUAGGAGCUAAAUGGACACAGUUUCCAAUUUACAACCAAACCUGUCAUACAAGAUCAUCCAGCCAAAAACUGAACAAGUCUAGCAGCAAGCAAAUGAGAUCAAGGCACAAUUUGAAGAAAGCAAUGGAAGAAGAAAACAAAAAGAAAAAGGGAGAAGAAGAAUCCCAGCCUAUUCGUUUGCAAGAUCAACUGGACAGUAAAGUUCUAAAGUCGAUGGAAUCCAUCACAACCAGUGAUAGUGAUGUUAUCAUUCCAAAGCCCCAAAGACUCAUUAAAGAGGGCUACAGUCUUAAAGUUGAGAUCUUAUCACUUUUGUUAGACCCAUCUUCAAGUGUUGCUUUAGACCAAUCUGUGCAGCAGGUUUAUGUGGAGUACCGCCUUUUAGGCAUCCCCAUGGAAACCACAGAAACCCCAAUGUCUCUGCAAAAACCAAAAGAAGGGGAAGAAAUACAUUUCAAUUUCAGCAGAGUCAUACAUGUUGACUCCAUGGAGGCAGCUCCUUUGAGGCAGUACCUCUAUACUAUACUGGAAAGUACUGAUCCUAAAUAUGGAAGGUUAAAGUUCACUGUGGUCAGUGAGCCGUUGAAUGACGAAGAAGAAUGUGUGGAUGUUGGAUACGCCCACUUGGAGUUGCAGGAACUACUUCUUACAGGGAAUGAUGCAACUGAAUGCCAAAUUGAUAUUAUCAGGCUGGAUGGUGACCAAGAGGUGGUGGGGAGGCUGAGAGUGUCAUUAGAGGCUCCAAAAGCUUUAACAGGAAUCCCCUCUGACUAUUCCAAUUAGGAAGAGUGGAAGAAGAGAAGGACAUAGGCACAAAACCCAGCGUAAUAAGAAGAGGAAAAGACAGACCAUUAAAUCAAAACACAGUUAUCCAAGAUUUUGACUAGUUUAUCAGAAAAUACUAAAAUAUAUUCCUUGAGUAUAAUAUCAAUAAGAGGUUGUUUAUACACAUUUUAAAGGUCAAUUUUAGAGCUAUUUUAAACAUAAAAAGCUUCCAAAGGAAAAAUUAACCAUCUCUUUGUCAGACGUCUG